AUGACGAGAGCAGCCUCCAACCGGCUUCGUAAUAAAUUUCAUGGAUGUUUAGUUGGAGCUGUAUUGGGCGAUUGCUUAGGUGCAAUAUUUGAAAAUGAUACUUUCCAAAGUAUACCAAUCGAAAAAGUUCAGAAAUUUACACGUGAAGGCUAUAAAAAACAGCAAGAACUCUUUUACACAGAUGACACGGCCAUGGCAAGAUCGAUUGCGGACUCGCUGUUAUCUAAGAAUGGCUUUCAUGGAAGCGAUAUGGCCAAACGAUUUACUGAAGAAUAUUUUCACAAUCCAUAUCGUGGCUAUGGUGGCAAUGUUCCUACUGUUUUCAGUAAACUAAGAGAUUCUAACUAUGCUGAUCCAGAAGGCCCUGCUAGCCAACAAUUUGAUGGUAGCGGUUCAUAUGGAAAUGGUUCUGCUAUGCGUGUGGCUCCAGUUGCGUUGUUUGCGUAUCAUGAUCCCGUAGAGGAAGCACAAACGAUAGCUGCCAAAACUUCUAGAAUUACUCAUACACAUCCUGAUGGUGUAAAUGGAGCUAUCAUGCAAAUGUUAGCAGUUCGUGAAAGUGUCAUAUUAAAUGUUAGUCAAGGUCUUGAUGUUUUCGCAUUCCUUGAUAAAAUGUUAUCUCAAUUGAAAAAUAGCGAUACUAGUAUGGAAAAUCGUUGCUCAAGUUACGUAGAAUCUCUGGUUAGAAUGUGUAGGCUAUUCCAGGAAUCAAAAUCUAUUAACUCUGAAGUUGUAUAUAGAACCUUUGGCAACGGUAUAGCUGCCAUUGAAGCCGUCCCGGCUGCUCUUAUGGCCUUUUUGUGUAUAGCUUGUGAGCCGAAGAGUUCAUUCAUGGAUGUAAUCGAGUAUGCAAUAUCUUUAGGCGGCGAUACAGAUACUAUAGCUACGAUGGCAGGAGCUAUCGCUGGAGGUUAUUAUGGAUGCGACUCAAUACCCAAUGGAUGGAUUGAAAAAUGUGAAGGAACUGCAUAUGCGUUACAGCGAGCAGAUAACUUGUUUGGCUACGCAGUGCAGCGCUAUACAUUUAUCAGUUAG